AAACCACUAAACUAAAAUGCAAAGGCAUUGCAUUGGCAGGUUGCUGUGAGCGGCAAGAUACUAAUCUAAAGACACCCCACCUCUCUAAACUCCUUUAUAAGAGCUCAGCGGUACAAUCUAUCCUCGCAGUGAAAUGAUUAAACGCAGAAUGAGGAACUUUACCUUGAUAAAAGCUCUACUUCUCUGGAGCCUCAGCUGGAUCUCUGUCUCUGUUUCUGAGUAUCACACUGAGGAGGGCCAGUCUGGUAAACCCGUCACUCUGAUGUGCUCCAACAUUUCUAAAACUCCAACUCUGACAGAAUGGUUCCGACUGAUCAACAGAACCAAGCCCAGCUGCGUCUCCGCUAUGUACGGGUCUGAUGGCAAAGCCUCGUUCUGUGAGGGAUUUCAAAACAGAUUUGAGAUGAUCUCCAACAUCUCUACUGUCUUUCUUAAAAUCAAUAGUGUGAACUUCUCUGACUCUGGACUGUAUUUCUGUGGAUUUAACCAAAACAACAAUACAGUCCUUGUCAAUGCAACAUAUCUAAAAGUUCAAGGUGAAGGUGAAUCUAAUUGUACAUCGGCGUCAAAGGAGUCUGAUGGAACGACAAAGGUCAUGAGUGUGAUCCUGGGUGCUCUGACUGUUUUCCUCACCAUAGUCAUCCUUGUUCUGGCUGUUAAAAUCAGGAAACUCCAGACAGAACUGCAGCCAGAAAGAAACCAGGAUCUGGGCUCAGAUGAACUGAACUACGCAGCUCUAAAUUUCCAGGCACAACCCAAAAGAAGCCGCAGGCCUGCACCAGAGAGAAAGCUGGAGCCACAUGUUGUGUAUUCUGCCACCAGAUAGACUCAGGGAACAUCUGGAACUGCAGGUCCAAGUGACUGACGCUUCAUUAUGUUAAUCUGCUGAUGUGUUUUAUGUGUGGGAGGUGUCUCCUGCCAAAAAUUAAA